AUGGGUGAUACGCAAAGUCGGCGGCAGGCGUACCAGGUCGAACGCGAGGAGCAAAGGGCGAGUAGGAGUAGGUCCCCGGAGCUACAGUUAUUGGCCUCACCGCUAGUGUCAACCGCGGGAUCCAUGGGACCGACGGUAUCCCCGGUGGUAUCGCCGGGGUACACCGAGGCGGAAAGUGACCUGGAAUUGCGCGAGAAGCCCCACCCCAGCAAGCGCGAGGAGCGGCCUGAUGGCGGAAGGAGGGGGCGCACGGAGACGCGGAAGGAGGAGCCCAGUGAGCGGGCAUCGAAGCGGGCGUCCACGCAUUCGACGCGUACGGCCAAGGAAGAGGAGUCGUCGGCACGCACAAGGGGGACAUCGACGGCGCGGCGAGGGGAUCAGCGGCCGACAGACCCACAGGUCGAGGAGCCGCAGCCAACGCCGACCGAAACCGCGGUCAAAGAGCCGCAGACAACGCCGACAGAAACCGCGGUCAAAGAGCCGCAGGCAACGCAGGCCGACAUCGCGGAAAACAACGCGGCCGCUGAGGCACGACGCCUCGCGGAAUGGCACGCGGCGACGGAGGAGCGGAGGCAACGGCGUGUAUGGGAGGACGCCCUGACGCUGGCAAAGAGGCUGAAGGCCACGCAGGAGGCUGAAAAGGCGGCGCAAAGAAGCGGAGGCGGAGCGCCACAAACGGGACGUCGCGCACCAAUGGCGGUGUAUUAG